AUGUCUGCGCCUCGAGGAGGAGGACGUGGGAGAGGGCGUGGCCGAGGUCGAGGUCGCGGAGACUACUACACACCCAGUGAAAGAUCUCAGAAUCAGGGCGAAUCUCAGCAACAAGUCGAACCAGAUCGAGCAGCAGCAACAAGCAACACUGUGGAUCUCCUCAAAGGUUUCUUAGCACGGCGCUAUGAUGCGUCCACCAAACUAUUGAACUUCUCAGCUAUCGCCACCGAUGAGGAAGUUGCAAAGAGCGGGAUGUUUCGACAAGAGUCUACACAGAAGAAGUUCUUUCCAGCCCUCAUGGUCAUCUGCGACGAGAUGCUCGAAACCCGAGAAGCCAAGGAGGCAGCCAUCGAAAGCGUCACAUUAUGUGGGAACAACAUCACAAAUCUCAACGUAGUGUUCGAUCUUUGCAAGACUUUGAAUCACAUCAAAAACCUUGAUCUGAGCGGCAACGCAUUUAAUUCGGUCAAUGCGCUAAAACCCUGGAAGGGUCGUUUCAGGAAGCUGGAGCACCUGAUCAUCGAACCUUUCAGCAGCAUCGGCUGGGAAGAAGAACUCACAGCUUGGUUCCCGAAAUUGAAGAUUCUGAAUGGGACCCAAGUUCGCACUGAUAAGUCUGUGGCUGGCGAUGCAAGUAUGAUCACGGAUGCCCCAAUGGUUGCGACACCACAGCCAACGGCCGGCGCGCCAUUACCUACACCAACACCAACAUUUGAUCAACAGAAAGAAGAGAUGAUCACAUAUGUUCAGUCAGCGACAAAUCUUAAACGAGACUAUGCGAUACAGUGCUUAGAAGCGGGAGGCUGGGAUCUGAAUCGCGCGGGGGAGCUAUUCACGCAAAGCCAGCCCAAUCUGCCGCCAGACGCGUACAAUUAG